AUAACGUCAAAUCUGUCAAAAUUUUGGAGUGUCAUGUCAACGUAAUAUUUUCGUUUUUCGUGCAAACAUAAUCGUCGAUAAUUGCAAAAAAAUAGCAAAAUAACACUGUGUACGUUUGUAACUGUGCUAGAAAACUGUUGUUGAAAGUGUUUUCAAGAUGCAUUGGUACGGUGGCAGCAUAGCCGAAGCAGUAACACUGUCUAAACAGAAAAAUGCAAUUUUCGUAGUUUUCGUUGAAGGUGACAACCAGCUGUCAUCAGAGAUGACGUCGGUGCUCGACGACGCAGCGGUGCUGCAGCGGCUCGGCAACAGCACCAACUUCCUGGCCAUCCGGCUCAAGAGCGGCUCCACGGACUACACACACUUUGCGCAGAUCUACCAAUUCGUCCCGGUUCCGUCGCUAUUCUUCAUCGGCCGUAACGGUACUCCGCUAGAGGUGGUCUGCGCGGGCGUGCAGCCUGAUAAUCUGGCCACCAGGAUCGACAGGAUACUGGAGGAACACCACAAAGAAAAGCCAGCACCGCCGUCCAACAUUAAGGAGCAGACGGCCAAUCUGCUCGCAUCCGAAUCCACCCCCGCCCCCGCGCCGGGGGGGAGCAGAGUGCCCGCCACCGCGCCCGUCAAACAACCAGAACCAUCAGAACCAGCCGCGAAAGUGGCCAAACUAGACGACCAAGAGGUGGUAUGCAACGACGGUGUUUGCGUCCGCCGCCCGCGCGCCGACGGUGCCGGACCUAGCAAGACCCCUGAUGCGACUGUCACACAAAAGGAAGCAGAAGCGAAGUUGGCAGCGACAGAGAGUAAUCUGAGCGCAGAAGAGAAGAUGGAGAGAGCUAAGGCUUUGAUUGAAGCCAAGAGGAAGGAGAAAGCUGAGAAAGAGAGACAGCAAGAGAAAGAGAAGGAAAAGGAGAGACGCAACAUCGGGCAAGGGGUCGCUGAACUCAAGAAGUGGCAGGCCGAGCAGGAGCUCAAACAGCUGCAGGAGGAGCGCAAACGCGAGAAGAUGGAGAAUGACCUCGCUAGACAGCGCAUUUUGGAGCAGAUCGCACAAGACCGCGCCGAGCGACGCGCCAGGGAGUCCAGAGACGUGCCACAGCCGCAAGAGUGCCAUCUGAGAGAAACUACCACUCCAGCCACAUCCGGUGACGGGGCCCUACAAGCUCGCGUGCAGUUCAAACUGCCGGACGGGACCACCCAUACAAACCACUUCCCCGCCGAGGCGACGCUGGCCGAAGUGCACCGAUACGUCGCAGAUAACUUGGAUCUACCCACAGCUCAAUUCUCCUUAUGGCUGGCGUUCCCUCGCCGAGAGCUGACCGACACAGAAGCGACACUUCGGCGACUCGAACUAGCGCCGUCCGCGGCUCUGCUCGUGCUGCCGCGCGCCGCCCUGCCAGCGCGUCCUUCUGCCGUCAGCAACAUGAUAGGGCUGGUGUCGCAACUGCUAUCGACUAUGAUCUUGGAGCCGUCCACGCGGCUGUACUUGUGGCUCGUGUCGCUGGUGGCGCCGGCGCGGGGCGGGGACGCCGCGCCCGGGCCGCCCGCCCCCGCCCCGUCCCCCGCGCCCGCCCCGCGCCGCGGCGUGCACCGCCUGAGGGGGGAGAGACCGGAUGAUGACAACAACACAUGGAACGGCAAUUCGACACAGCAGAUGUAGACACAUCUAUUAUCAUCAACAAUAAUAUUGUGAAGAUAAUACAUUGGCUACCAAUAUAUCACAGAGUAUAGAAAUAAUACUACAGAAUAAUAGGACUAGGUACAGAAGGUUCACUCUCUAACGCGUCUAUUACGACAGAUAUGUCCGCUAGGUGGCGCAAGCGCAAGCGUCCGUUUCGUAGCGGUGCGCGGCAACUAGUGCUAGACACCAACAUUGGUGUGGGUCGCGUGUACUUAUAGUGACGCGACGAAAUCGCGGAGUGAGCCACGUCUGAUAUAUAAUAUCAAACUUUGUAAAAGAGGACUCUGAAAAAAUGUCUGAAUACACGGUGUAACAUGAGCAAACCGAAUAAUUUUAACCACGCAUUUCUGAAGUCAAAAGAAGUAAAAAAUGUAAUAUGAUAUGAGUUUAGGUCAAUUUCGCCAAAAAAAAUUUUUUUUUGUUUUGUUCUUUCAAUUUUUUAAAUGUAUUUGUACAUAAAAAAUAAAUGUAAUUGGUAAACUUGUCAAUUAGAAUUAAUUAUAACAUUUUUUUUUUCGUAAAACCUACGUUUUGCAUAGUAUUACUUGUCACUUUUUGACAUCUAUCAAUAAGGAUUUUUAGUCUACGUCCCAUAGCAGCAACAUCACCAUCAAAAAAGCCUUUUAGACUGUGUAACAUUAAAAACUAGUUUUUUUUUAAAUUCAUAAUAUCUCUGAAACUAGGCGAAUAUAAAAAAAGUUUAUAGGACAUUUUUGUCUCUAAAUAUGAUCAGGAAUACGCUGUUAAAAUUAUUCGGUUUCCUCAUGUUAUACCGUGUAUAUCAAUUUUGAUACAAUAAUAUUCGUCAUCCGCAUACAUACUUAAAUGUGUUUAAUAAAUAACUAACGACCCGCCCCGGAUUCGCUCGGGUUACACAAAACCUUAACAAAUUAUACACCUAAACCUUACUCAAGGAUCACUCUACUGAUAGGUGAAAACCGCAUGAAAAUCCGUUCAGUAGUUUUCGAGUUUAUCGCGAACAUACAUAUAAACAGACAGACACGGCGGGGGACUUUGUUUUAUAAGGUGUGGUGAUUUCAUUGAAAAGUCGAAAGCAAAGAAUUUUAUUGUAAAGAGGAAUUGCGUACAAUAUAUAUAACACAAUACAUACAACCCGCUAUUUCCUGUCUCUAUCACACGCGCAUAAUCAUAUUGCAGUCCCGCUCGCACAGUGGCAUUGACCGCCGACAUCAUGGACGGGACAGAAAUAUAAUUACGCGCGUGCGAUAGACAGAGAUAGGAACAGGCUGGACAUUGUACGAAAUUCCUCUUGAUAAGCGUCCUUUCAUUAAUUGCACUACGGACCAGACACUGACAGUAAUAUUGACAUUACUAUUGACAGUUUAGUUAUUGGAAUGAUAUUAAAAUGAAAAUUUGAUUAGAACGAUGUAAUGACAAUAUUACUCGACAUUUUUACUGAUAGUCAAGUAUGCAUAUAAAUGGUAUAAAUAUUAUAAUAUAAUUUAUUUUAUUUUUAUUUAGGCAUUCACUUAUUGGUUGGUUUAUCACGGAAUUACAGUUUUCUAGUAUAGUUAUGAACACGUUGUAAUUUAUUAUGAAUAAUAAUAAAAUAUAUGGUUAUUUGGAAA